GGCACAGGGAGACCUGGCGGGCCUGGCCCGGUCGCCCCCGCAGAUAUCAAUCACACGGUGGGGCCCAUCGCCCACGGAGAGCCCAGCGCCAGCAAGGCCCUCGAGCUCCGCAGCUGCUACUCUGAGCAGCCUCGACCUGCUGCUAGGAGCACCGGCUCCGCUCGGCGGCGUUUCCCUGCAUCUCCACCGGCGUGUUUGGCUACCCCAACGAGGCGGCGGCGGAGGUAGUGCUGGCUGCGCUGCGCGAGUGGCUGGAGCAGCACAAGGACAAGGGUGCAGAGCACCUGCCCACAGUCUCUGGCCACACCAGCCCUUCCUGCUUCCCCUCUCCUUCCCUUCACACACCACGAACCCCUUCUGUGAAGGUGUAGCCUCACUUGAAGGGCGUCCCAAAGGGGCAGGGGGGACAGGGACCAGGCCUGGGAGCCAGGCAGCGGCUCCUGCGAGGCUCAUCAGGCCCUGGCGCAGGUGGACCGGCUCAUCAUCUGUGUGUUUCUGGAGAAGGACGAGAACAUCUACCUGCAGCGGCUGCCGCACUACUUCCCCCUGGCCUGACGGCACCCGGCACACCCUGACCAGGACCGACUCGCCGCCGGGGCCUGCUGGACCUCGCUCCCAGCUCUAAGAGGCGGCUGAAGCCGGCAGCUGGGCCUGGUCACCCCGUCUUUUCCCUCAGCCCCUGCCCCUCAGGAACCUCCUAAUAAAGACCGCCCUGUUGCA